GUCACGUGAACGUAUUCUUUUGGCGAGGACAGUACGUGGUCUCAAAGCUGAAACGUCGUUUUCGCCGGCCGUCUGUCAUUCUAAUUCAGUCUUAACGUUUACUUAUCUGCUGUGCCUAAGGUAAACGCGGGUUUAUGGCUGGCUCGACGGCUAGCGCUGUAGCGAAUUCUCACAAUGACGAGAAGGCAAUACAAAGGAGCAAAGGAAAGACGUUAGCGUGUCACGUCCAACUGCUGGACGGCGACGAAGUGACGUUUGACGUGGACAGAGAUGCGAAGGCACCUGCAGUAUUGGAUCAAGUCUUCAGCCAUCUAAACGUUUUGGAGAAGGAUUAUUUCGGGCUUUACUGGAUAGACAAAGAAGACGAUCGGCAUUGGCUAGACCCAAGAAAAAUGGUCAGAAAGCAGGUGAAAGACAAGAAUUAUGAUUUUAUGUUUGGUGUGAAGUUUUAUGCAUUGGAUCCCAACUCUCUACACGAGGACAUCACACGGUAUCAAGUUUGUCUCCAAGUAAGGAAAGACAUAGCAACUGGUAAAUUGCCAGUCAGCCCGGAGACAGCUUGUUUGCUGGCAUCAUUUGCAGUUCAAGCUGAGUUUGGAGACUAUGAUCCAUCUGUCCACAAGGAUAACUAUCUGAGUGAUUAUGAGUUUAUACCAAACCAGCCUGUGGGCUUUUUGUCUAAAGUCAAGCAACAGCACAAAGAACAUGUUGGGCAAACGCCUGCAGAUGCAGAAAAUCAUCUUUUGGAGCAUGCGAAGAGACUCGAAAUGUUUGGAGUUGAUCUUCACAGAGCUCGAGACCAUGAAAAUGUUGAUAUUCAGUUGGGAGUGUCUGGUAAUGGCAUGGAUGUGUACAGAGAUGACAGAAGAAUUAACAGAUUUUCAUGGCCCAAAGUAAUGAAGAUCUCAUUCAGGAGAAAGAAGUACAGCAUCAAAAUCAGGCCAUCUGAGAAUGAUGAGCAUGAAACAACAGUCAGUUUUCGGUUUGAUAGUCCAAAGAAAGCCAAGCUCAUGUGGAGGAUUUCAGUAGAGCAUCACGUUUUUUACAGAAUGGCAGUUGCUGCUCCAGCUCCCAAACGAACUGGAUUCUUGAGGAUGGGCUCCAAGUUUAGAUACAGUGGUCGCACACUACGGCAAUUGAAACAGCUUGACACAGCAAGAGAUCAGCCGAAGUUUGAGAGAAAGCCAAGCAAAAGAGGUAGAAACGAAAGAUCACAAGAGCCUCCAACACCAACACAUAAAGAACCCCUGAGCUAUGCUCCUAGCUACGUAGCUUCUCCCCAAGCUGAAGCAGAAGCUCGUCGUUUGUCCAGUAGUGCUGGUGACAUAAAAGCUAUGAUCUCAUCUAAGCCACAACCAGCCCAUGAUGGUGCUGCAGCACAGACAGAUAUUGAUCCUGAUUAUCAGGAAUUGAAUGAAGAAACUGAUGGAGACAAGACAGAGCCAGCAGAAGAGAGAAAGGACGAUAAAGAGAAGGAGGAACGAGCUAAUCCAGAGAGUGAGAGAGAACGUGCUGACUCUGAUGAGUUUGCUUCUUAUUCUGUUCCGGAGACCGGCCUACAGGUGGAAAUUCAGACUGCUCUUUUAAGCUCACCGGUUCAUGGAAGUGUUGCUGCUGAUUCAGAUGUUACAGAUAGUGGAUUUACUGUUACUGCUUCUGGUGAAAGUAUGGGAGAAGAGACUCUGACAGUAAAUGCUACUGAAUCGACAUCUCCAGCUGCUGAAAAUCAAUCUCAAACUCCUCUUGAUGCAAUGUUAGCUGAUUUGGAACCCAGUCAACAACCAAAUGGUAUAAAGCCUUUGCCAGAAGGUGGAACUGCUACUGGGGGUGUAGUCGAUGUUGAGGUCAAGACAAAGCAGGACGAGCUCUUGAAGAUUGCUGAUCAGUUGGAUGCAUUAGCUGCUGACUUAUCUGCACUGAAACAGGAGUCCUAGUCAGACUGUUGUGUAGUAAUGGCUAAUAUUAGAAUGCAAUGUAGGUGAGCAGCUAGAUGCUGAGCAAGACAAUUGUGGGCUUGUGGGUAUGGCAAGAGUUUUAGCAUAGUUCUGCUGGACAUAGAUUAUGUUUUAAAUGGGCACAGAGAUGUUUCGUGUGUUCCUUUUACAUGCCUCUUAGGUUUUCAAGAGGUACAAAUGCAAUUUAACCUUGCUAUAAACUGGCUAGAUAGCACUUAAAUUGUUCAAUUCAUUAUGUAGUGAUAGUG